AUGCAUGUGAAUGAGACGGAGUUACCUUUGACAGUUACACGACGACGCGUUACGACUUCUGGUAUUAGUGUGAAGUCGGACGUGAAUCAUAUUCCUUCAGAAGACGUUAUCAAAUCGAAAGGUAGCCCGUUCUCAUCGUUUGCAAAUCUUUCUUCGUCGUUGUGGUCUUCUGCUCAGCACACCUUCUCUGGCACUACUGACACCUCACCAUUUUUUGGUUAUUACGGAAACAAUUCGACAAAUUCGGAGUGUGAACAAAAUUCAUCAAUAAGCUUUAUUAAAGCAACUGAAGAAAUGCCGUCUCGUGAUCGUACUGGCGAGUUUCGUACUACAGCGAAAUCUUAUCAGAUGAAAAUGUAUGGAGCUGGUGGUUAUACGCCAAGAGAGCCGAGAAUUCAGCAGUCAGUACAGUUUGCACAACUUGCAAAGCGUAUUGGGCGUGAUUUAAGUUUGACAUGUGCAAAGAUGGAGAAAUUAACUGAAUUAGCCAAAAGACGGUCUUUAUUCGAUGAUCGCAUGGCAGAAGUGGGAGAAUUAUCACAAGUAAUAAAACAUGAUAUAACAGGAUUAAAUAAGCAGAUAGCAGUGUUGCAAGAAUUUUCAAAAAAUAACAGCAAUUUCAACAAAAAGGAUCAGAAACAUGGACAUUCACAGUUGAUUGUUGUUGGACUUCAAUCAAAGCUAGCAAGUGUUAGCAAGGAUUUUCAAAAUGUGCUGGAAUUACGAACUGAGAAUCUAAAGCAACAAAAAUCACGUCGUGAAAAAUUCAGUCAAGGUCAUCCUGUGCCGUCGAGUUUACCACCUUCUGUUAGUUCGGGAAAUUUAGGUUCAGUUCUUUUUCAAGAUGAAAUAAAAGCUUCAUCAUCAGUAGCGAUUGAUAUAAAUAUGUUAGAACAGCAAAGGUUACAACAGCAGGUUUCGUUAAUUAAUGAACAAGAUGCAUAUUUGCAAGCUCGUUCAAGUGCAAUGGACAAUAUUGAAAGCAGCAUAUCAGAAUUGGGUCAAAUUUUCCGUCAGCUUGCUUCAUUAGUUACUGAGCAAGGUGAAAUGAUCACUCGAAUUGAUUCAAACGUUGAAGAAACAUCAUUAAAUGUUGAAGCUGCUCAUACGGAAUUGGUCAAAUACUUUCAUUCAAUAUCACAAAAUCGCUGGUUGAUUAUCAAAGUUUUUGGUGUACUUUUCUUCUUUUUUGUGAUAUUUAUUGUUUUCCUCAGUUAA